AUGAAUGCAAUACAAUCUGAAAAUAUUAAACUGGAAAAAAUAGGAAACAUCGAUGUAAAAGUUACUUCACACCGUACUUUACAUCACUACAGAGGUGUAGUAUCCGAAGAUGUGCUGCAGAGAGAUCUUGAAGAAUAUAUAUUAGAUUGCCUAAAAGAUCAAAAUGUUACUGCAGUCCGCAGAAUCACUAUAAGAAGAAACGGUCAAAUCUUUCCCACCAAACAUUUGAUUCUUACAUUCAGCACUCCAACACUGCCAAAAUCAGCUAAAGUAACAUAUAUAAACUGUCCUGUAAAGCCAUUCAUACCAAAUCCACUACAGUGUAUUAAGUAUCGAAAAUUCGGUCACAACAUAACUGCUUACCGAGGUAAACAAAUAUGCAUCCGCUGUUCUCUUCCUGAUCACGACAGUCAUAACUGCGCUUCUACGGAAACAAAAUGCCUUAAUUGUAAUAAGGACCAUCCUGUUUAA